AUGCCGUCGUACGCCCAUACUGUUGGCGACCCCACCGAGCUAGUAUCGACGCUGGAUACUCAGAUCCAAGCAGUAAAGAAUGAACUCGACCAAACGUUCGACAAGCCGAUGAACGCUUGCCUAUCGGACCUGGAAUCCAAAGACGCAAUUGCACGUGCGCGAGACCCUCAAGCGCUAUUACAGCACCGACUUACAGCGGCAAAGACGCUGGUCAGCGCUUCCUACGUGUAUUUGGAUGCUGUAUGGAUGUAUCUGAAAGCAAAGGGUGUGGAUCCAACGACACACCCUGUCCAUGAGAAGCUGGAACGUGUCCAGGCGUAUUUUGCCAAGCUCAAAGAGGCGACAGAGAACAAGGAUGCACCUACCCAGAGGAUUGAUAUGGAAGCUGCGGGCCGUAUGAUUAAGGCGGUGGUGCCGGAGGGCACACAUACGCGCUUUGAUGAAACGACAGAACCACAUAAGCCAUCUUCAUCAAGCUUCCAGAAACAUGAUAAAGAGACGAACACUACUGCGUCCGAACCACCUACAAAAAAGAAGAAGAAAGAUAAGAAGAAGAAGAAGACGAAGUAA